GACCAAUCCUUCUGUUAUACAAAGUCUUCUUUCUUUAUCCCUUGAACCACAUAUUUUGAUAUGUAGUUUUGGUCGUGUGUGAGCUUCGAUCGUUCUCCGAUCGGUCGGAAGCCCUCUGCCCCCCCCACCCCCCCCAAAGAACAUCAGCUACGGCACCCGGGCUGGUUGCAACCAACAACAUUCGUCGCCCCUCCUAUUCUUCAGCCAACCUCCUCCGCUAUCCCCAUCCUUCGUAUUUGUGCUUCGCCUACCGUAGUCUUCCCGUUCUUUUUUUUUUUCUUCUCUCUUUCUCUCAGCUUUGCUACUUUCACAAACAAAUCAAGAUGACAUCUCCAUUCUUAGGCGUAUAUACCGCCGUGUACGCGUAUACUCCCCGAGACGAUCAGGAGUUGACCUUGGAGGAGGGUGACCUGCUAUAUAUUCUUGAGAAGUCAUCUGAGGACGAUUGGUGGAAGGCCAAGAAAAAGAGUACGGGAGAGGAGGAGGAGCCUAUAGGUCUCGUGCCUGUCACUUACAUUGAGGAGGUAAGAACCGUUUACUGCCGCAUUCUGUUGUGGAGUUUCCGUGCUUGGCUAGAUGGGUUGUUGCUGGGCAAAGUGCCGGAGUAGCACUGUUUUGUGGAGAAAGUAUAGCUAAGACUGUCUUGAUUGCUUCUUAGGCGAAACCUGUUAGUAAAUCCAAAGCACUCUACAGCUAUACCCGGCAAACCGAUGAAGAGGUGUCCUUCACUGAAGAUGCUACCCUUGAUGUUUAUGAUGAUGUAUCGGAUCCGGACUGGGCUCUUGUAGGAUACAACGGCGAAUUCGGAUUUGCACCGACCAAUUACAUUGAAAAAAUUGGAGCUGGUGAGGGUAAUCCACCCGCUUCUCCUACUGCUGCUUCGCCGCCUUCACCCGUUCAGACACCAGCUGCUACGAGCAAGCAUGUUUCCUUCUCAUCACCGCCAAGGGAAGACACACCGCCUCCACCGACUCCUCCGAGGCCGCAAUCUCAAGAGUACUCAUCGACUCAAUCACCGGCCCCUGUAGUGGAUCAGAGAACUCCUCAGCGUCCAGUUUCUUCACCAAGGUCUCCUACUUCAGGAAUGGCUUCACCCACCGGCUCAGCAUCCCAAUCAUAUAGGGACCGAGACCAGGAGCGGAGUCACGAGCGAAGCCAUCACCGGCACAAUCGGGAGCACGAUCGAGGUCGUGAACAAAGGUCAAAGCAAGAGAGGAAGUAUGUACACGAAUUGUCGGAUUCUGAAGACGAGGAUGGGCCACGAAUUCCCUUCCGGCGGCCAGGCCAACCCCGCCAUGGUGUCGAAGGCGGACAUAACCAUGGGCGUGAUUCGCCCCCAAUCCCUCCUGGUUUCCAAACCUAUCCGGUACAAGAGGUUGACUCCAGGAAGAAACGUGCUGCAACCCUUGGCCUAGGUCAUACACGGAUCAUUCUCCUCCCUGACAAGAGCUCCCGUCCUAAGGAGGAAUGGAGUGUCGAAGAUCUUAAGGGCUACAACGUGGAGGGAAAGCAUGUAUUCCUUGAAUUAGAAAAGCCAAACCGUUCCCUAGAUCUCCAUGCAGGAUCCAAAGACGCGGCCGAACAGAUCAUAUCCGCCCUGUCUGAGAUCCGAGGCGCCGUGAAAGCUGCGGUAAUAAGUGAGGUUUUUGCUGCUGCUUCAGGAGGCGGUAAACGGAGUGAUAUAGGAACUGUGCUUUGUGAUUUUGCCGCUCAAGGGGAAGACGAAGUUUCGGUGACCACUGGUGACGAGGUUUUGAUCCUGGACGAGUCGAACGAUGAAUGGUGGUUGGUUCGGAGACAAGUUAAUGGGAUGGAAGGCGUUGUGCCGGCCAGUUUCAUCGAGAGGGGCCGGAGUAAGGUUGUUACCUCGGGCAUCAUGGCUUCGCCAAGUGACCCGAAGGAGCGAAUUAGGAUGCAGGAAUACGGCGGGGGUCGUGGAGCUAGUGGAAUACCUCAGAGGACAAGUAGCUUGGCCGGAAAUCAUUCAAGGGAUGAUAGAAGAAGGAGGCCCGAUAGCAUUGCAUCAGAUCAAGCCGGUUCCGGGAAACAGAGUAUGCCCCAGCCUAAUCGUUCUCGUUACAGAGAGGCGGGCCCAUGGGCAGCAAUCUUGCUGACAGCUACAAUCACAGAACCAGAUAGUUCGCAAGUCCGACAAUGGACUGAUCGUACCGGGAACUUUAAGGUCGAGGCUCAAUUUAUUGGAUGCAAGGAUGGGAAGAUCAAUCUUCACAAGCUGAACGGAGUGAAGAUUGCGGUUCCAGUGGCCAAGAUGUCUCUGGAGGAUCUAGAGUAUGUAGAGAAACGAACCGGCAUCUCACUCGACGAAGACAAGCCUUUGGUGGGGCUCAGGAACCGUCAGAAAGCACCGCCACAGCCCCAAGCUGGCAUCAGCAUUGCACCAUCUAGUGGAAGGGCUAGCUCGCCCGCCGCUAGAUCACCCCAAUUCCAAACCGGGGCUCCCGCAAGGCCGGCAGACGGCUACGAUUGGUUUGAUUUCUUCCUCACUUGCGGUGUUGAGGUGAAUAAUUGUCAACGGUAUGCAAAUUCGUUUCAACGAGAUAAUAUGGAUGAGUCGGUAUUGGAAAUCAUUACCCCAGAGGUAAUGAGAACGUUAGGCCUCAAGGAGGGCGACAUCUUGCGAGUAAUGAAGAAGCUUGAUGAGAGGUUUGGAAGGUCUACCAAGAAGAAUGGAGUUCGCUGGGAGGAUGAGGGAAGCAGCGGGAACCAAGAUGGUUCUUUGUUUUCCGGGCCGGGUGGUGCAUUGAAGAAUAACACACGGAAGGGGCGCCCACCUCCAGCCAUCCAAACACCGGACUCUGUGGAUCCCAAAGCCUUCGAACAGCAAAGUGAAAUAAAGUCACCAGAGGCCCCUGCCCCUGUUUCGAAGUCGCCUCCUGCCCAAGAAGCUCCGAAAGCUGAAGGGUUUGAGGAUAGUGCAUGGGACGUCAAGCCAACAUCGAAGCCUCAAUCGCCUCCACCCCAGCAGCCUCCUCGUGUUACCUCGCCUGCUGCACCUGCUACAGUCUCCGCCCCGGACCAACAGCAACAGCCAGCAGCGGUACCUCCACAACAACCAGCUGUCACUGGCGCGCUCGGAGAUUUACUGUCAUUAUCCACUCCCCCUCUCCAGCCCACGAUCCAGAGCCCUCCGCCCCCCCAAAUCCCUGUUCAGUCUGCACCCCCGCCUACCGCACAACAACUGCCUUUGCCACAAGCCCCUCCACAGCAGCAGCAGGCCUUUGUUCCCCAACAGACUGGAAUAGGCUUCCAGAAUGCUAAUAUCCCAAGUCCUCCACCAAUGCCUGGACAAUUCGGAAUGCAGCAGCCAAAUGCAAUGAAUACAUUCAACACAAUGAAUCAAUCAACAAACCAGCUCCAUCAAGGUAGACAGAGGCCACUUGCACCUGCUAUCACAGGUGUCACCGGGGGCAAUCUUUCUAUCCCGCCGCCUCCUGCAAGGCCGGUCUCUGCCCCACAAAACUUUACAACGUCAAACAGUGCACCAAUCCCACUUACCCCCUCGUUCACCGGUACCCAGCAACCCAUGGGCUACGGCUCGAGCCAGACCCAGCAGUUCCCAUUCCAGUCGUAUGUUGGAGGAGUGCCAAGUUCUCUGUCAAUGCAACCAACCGGCCACACGUUCUCUACUCUGAGCACCGGUUUCUCAGUGCCAACGAUGAGUAUGAACGGGCGGCCCCUUAAUACCGGAAUUCAACAGCCUAUGCCACAGCAUCCACCUACGCCAGCGUUUCAAGCCCCAAUAAUUUCGCAGCCAACUGGUGCAUUACUGGCCCAGCCGUAUGGUAUUCCGCAGCAGCAGCAGCAGCAGCAGCAGACUGGCUUCCAAUCUUCAAUAAAUACUCAGCCGACCGGAAGAGGAUUUGGUGUCAACUCGGUCUUGCCGCCCGCAUUAAUUCCUCAACCCACUGGCCUGAAACCCGCGACUGCCCUGAUGCCACAAAAGACGGGUCCCCCACCGACUGUGAAGUUUGGGGUAGACGCGAAGAAGUUGACACCACAACCAACCGGAAGGGCAAAUUUGAGUAAAGCUAGUACGUAA